GAGUGGGUCUCUGGAUUGCAGGUUGUAGGAUUUUAUCAUCGCUUUAAAUUUGAUUAAUUAUUAUUAUUAUUUUACAAUUGUUCAUAAAUUUAUCCUCCCUGAAGCAACUCUACCUGAUCCAUAAGUAAAAUGAAUUUGUUAUAAGUGAACAUUUUAUUAGCUGUUGGCUGCUGAGCUAUUUUAGCCCGAUAAUCCUGCAAAGAAUCUGUCAUUUGUGCAUCUCAAGCUAAAUCUAGAUUCCUUUGAUUGUCCAGUGCUUGAAUCUAUUGUAUUUAUUUGUUUUUGUUGUCUACUUGUUACUUCUCUAUCAUUGUAUUCGUCAUCUUAUCAAUUCUUUUUGUGCUGAAAAUUCCUGGAAUAACAGAAUAUGAGUGAACUUCUAUUGGAUACAUCAAUCCGAGCUUGGGUUUUCUUACCCAUUGUUAUAAUUUCAUUCUUAUUUGGUAUCCUUCGUCAUUAUGUAUCAAUUUUGAUUUCUUCAACUAAGAAUAUUGAAUUACAUCAAGUACAAGACAGUCAGUUAUUGAUAAGAAGUAGAUUUCUCCGGGAAAAUGGCAAAUACAUUCCAAAACAGAGUUUCUUGAUGAGACGACAUUAUCUGAACAAUGAAGAGACUGGCUAUUUGAAAGCUGGUUCCCGUCGGCCUGCUCAAGCUCCUAAUCCAAUGUCUGAUCCUUCUAUGAUGACAGACAUGCUUAAAGGAAAUCUCACCAACGUAUUGCCAAUGAUUCUCAUUGGAGGUUGGAUUAAUUGGACCUUUUCUGGUUUUGUUUGUACAAAAGUACCGUUUCCUUUGACUUUAAGAUUUAAACCAAUGUUACAGCGUGGUAUUGAAUUGAUGUCAUUAGACGCUAGUUGGGUUUCAUCUGCUAGUUGGUACUUCUUGAACGUUUUCGGCCUUAGAAGUAUUUAUACACUUGUUUUAGGUGAAAAUAAUGCUGCUGAUCAAACUAGAAUGAUGCAGGAUCAAAUGUCCGGUGCAGCUAUGGCGAUGCCUCCUGAUCCAAAACAGGCUUUUAAAGCUGAAUGGGAAGCGCUAGAAAUCAGUAAUCAUCAAUGGGCUCUAAAAAACAUUGAGAACGAUUUUAUUGGGGAAAAGAGUAAUAAUCAAGAAGUUACUCCAACAAGUUGAUUUAUUUGUGUUUUAGUUGUUUGUGUUUAAGGUUUAUAUCAGUCUUACAAUUUUCUACCACAUUUUAUCAAUUUUUGUGGACUGUUUUUGACCUGAUUCUCAGGUAUUGUAUCACAAUCAUCGGUAUAGAGAUUUCAGAAGCAAUCUUUCGUAAAUUAAAUGAAUCAAUUGUAAAUUUUA